AUGGAAGGCUACAGCCCCAACAACCCCUCUGUAAAGCGCAUCCUGCGUGAGAUGAAGGAAAUGGAGAAGGACACGAGCCACGAGUAUUCCGCACGAGCACUCGAGGACAACAUCUUCGAAUGGCACUUCACCGUUCGCGGGCCGAGCGGUACCCCGUUCGAAGGCGGUGUCUACCACGGUAGGAUCCUGUUGCCGGCCGAGUAUCCCUUCAAACCGCCCAACAUCGUGUGGCUCACGCCCAACGGUAGGUUCGACGUGGGAACCAAGAUCUGCCUUACCAUCUCGGCGCACCACCCAGAACACUGGCAGCCCUCGUGGAGCACGCUGGUGGCGUUGAUUGGAUUCCUCCCGACGCCGGGCGAAGGCGCACUCGGCGCGCUGGACUACUCUGCCGACGAGCGAAGGGCGCUGGCCAGGAAGUCGGUCCACUUCUGCUGCCCCAAGUGCGGACCCAUCGCCAACAUCCUCCCUCCCGUCUCGUCAUCAUCAUCCACAAGCGGCAACGAAGAAGGUGAGGCGCCCGCCACGCCACCGGUGGAGCGCCGCGCCGAAGAGCUGGGAGAGCGCCAGCAGCAGCAGCAGCCCGAGGCCCAGCCAUGGGGAGGCGCACCAGAGAGAGCCGCCGAGCAGCAGCCGCAGCCACACCAGGUGCAUGGGCCACCACAGCAGGAGCAGCAGCAGCAGGAGCAGCAGGACCACGAGAUCGAGGGUCCGGCCAAGCUGCUCAACUACAUCAUCAUCGCCCUCUUCUUCGCCAUCGUCGCCGUCGUGAUGAGGAAGCUCACCAACUGA